AUGAGAUAUCUAACUGGAAUAGCCGACCUUUUGGCUGAUAAUAAUGAAUUUGAAGCAAGUGGCACUAGCACUAGUAAGACUAAUCGCUUUCAAGUUAGCGAGGAAUCUUUUGAAUACAAAAGCAAAAAAUAUCGUUUAAUUGACAAUAUUGGUUUUGGCGAUACUGGUAAUAUUGCUGAAGAAGAAAUUUUUCUAGAAAUCGGAGAAGGAAUUCAUUCUGCCGAAAAAGGAAUUAAUCAAAUUCUUUUUGUAUUUAAAGGACGAUUUGGUUCCGAACAAGUGGAGACUUUCAAAAAGUUUAAAACUUUCAUUUCCGAAAGUGGAAUCACUAAAUAUACCACGCUAGUUCGCACUCGAUUUGAGGAGUUUAGAAAUCCCCAAAAAUGCGAAGAAGACCGACAAUCUUUGCUUAGUGAAGAGAAUAAGGAUCUUUGA